AUUCUGAACGAUUUACGUCGCUGCUUGAAGACGUCCCUUGACCACAGAGACCAUAGAGAAAUCCUAAGCUUUAUUUACCAAAAUGGCGGACCAAGUACUGGCAGAACUGGAGGCCGCUGCCCAAGUUAUUUUGGCUCCUCCAAAUCUCAUCACAGCCCAGCAGCGACAGUCAGCAGAGACAGUGUUCCUUAACUUUCGUAAAACUAAAUCUCCGUAUCAGCUGUGCCGAGAGAUCCUUGAACGAAGCCCUGUCGAUUACGUACUCUUUGAAUCAGCAGGAUUGAUCAAGUCUGCCUUGAUCAGAGAAUGGGUAAUGAUGCAGGAGGAGGAUAUCAGAUCCCUAAGACAGUACCUGUUGCAUUAUAUUAUAAGCAAACCUCAGUUGGCUCCCUUUGUCAGGGAAAGAAUACUUCAGGUCAUUGCUAUUAUGGUAAAAAGGGGCAGUGUUGAAGACUUGGGACGAGAUCGUGGUCAGAUACUGAAUGAAGUUGAGGGACUCAUCAUGAGUGGUGAUUCACGCAGACAACUCUUGGGAUGCAGCAUAAUAUCAGCCCUAAUGCAGGAGUACGCAACAACGGUUAAAUCUUCAGAUGUAGGAUUGGCCUGGGAGGUUCAUUUUAAGGCUAAAAAGCAGUUCGAAAUCUCAGAUCUAAAAAGGAUUUUUAAGUUUUGCUUUGGGGCGCUGGGAGAGCUGACUAAAAGUGAAAUUCAAGAGGCACUACUCCCGUUGAUAAAACACCUGCUCUCUAUAACUGAAGGCGUCCUAGUAUGGGGAUACGUAUCACCACACUUGCCCAAAAGAUUAAUUGGUGUAUUUGAAUCCGCUUACGAGUCUGACAGCAGUCCUGCUCUCCGGCUUGGCCCAAUGUGGAGAGAUGUAAUUCUUGAUCCCAGUGUUCUUGAUCUUUUCUUCACUCUCUACUGGAAAGUUCGUACCAAUCCACAGCUGGCUCAUCACGCAAGAAACUGUUUGGUACAGUUGGCAACAUUGAAUGGGCUAGUGAUGGAGUCCGGAGAAGCAGAGAUACAAUAUCUCACAUCGUAUCUGCAAAGCUUCCUAAAACUCGUGUCGAAUAUUGAUGUUAUAGACCAAGAAGCGAUAGGAAUAUCUAACAUGGUCAGAAAACUGAUAACCUUCUUCAGAGCAACUUUGACCUCGUUACCUGAAGACAUCCUCAGGUCAUUCAUGGAGCAGAUGACUCGUCUGACUUGCUUGUUUGCGGAAGGAGCUGCCCAAGAGGAAUCGAUGUGUGCUGAUGACUGUCUAUACAUGGAAGCCUUCGAACACAUGCUGGAGGCUUGGAUUGUAGUUCUGUCUGAGGCACAUUUGUUUCCGUCGGAAUAUUGCAAGCAAAGUUCAGCUCAGAUAUUUAAUACUUAUUUGCGUUGCCACCUGGCUCCGCCGGAUGGCAACAGAGGUGCUGGAGGCAAGGAGCUUAACGAUGAAGAAAUAGAUGCAACUGAAGAAAACGACAGAGUUAAAUUCAAGGAACAAUUGCAGACCAUCGGAAAUUUCGGCCGGCAAGUUCCUGGUCAUUCCUUACCACUUUUGGCACGUCUCCUUGAGGAUAGAACAAACAGACUCAGUAAUCAACUCAACAGAAUUGCAGACCAGUCCCAGCCUAUGAGUAUAUCGAGUUCGUCACUUGUAGAAGCACUCUACGAGGACAUGCACUGGCUUGUGCUUUUAGCUGGUCAUGUUCUGUGCAUGGAUUCUGAGGGUGAAGUUGCUCUGAUACCAUCUGAGAUAAUAAGAUACAGCAUGGAUCAGAGCCUGCAAGGUCAAGUGAACGUAGAAACGACGAUGACGCUCUUGGCUUCCCCUCAAAACAGUCUUUCUGAUAUAGAUGGAGCAGAACAAUCAGCAGAUCAUGUCAUUAGACUGAUAUCAGCCGUAUUUCGGCUCUGUCAAUUGGAGAAAAUCGCGAUUUCAGCCAACCUAACGAAUAUGCUGAGCCCGGAAUUAAGCAGCAGUAUUGUGUGGUUCUUGCACAGGUGGUCAUUGAGCUAUCUCCUACCAAAUGAGAGCUUCUAUUCGGAGAUUAGUACUACUAUCUUAGAGGCUUUUGGAGCCGAUACACCUGGCGCGAUAUGGACAGUUAGGUUUUUACUGGAGAAAGUUGAGUGCAAUAUUAAUGCCUUCAAAGGAGAACCAAAUUUGAUAAAAGAAACUAUGCAGCUUCUUAUUACGCUAGUUGAAUCACAAAUAAAAAGCGACUGUGUAUUGCAGUCAGGCCGUUUAUGCAACUUGGUAAAUUUGGCGACAAAGGAUCGUUUUGAUCUACCACAGGCAGCUAAGCGCGGAUUGAUGCGAACUUUGGUACAAAUUGGAGCAGCCGUUCUAGAUCCAUCAUCUAAACAGCAAUAUUGGGCUCAAACCUUGCAACCAUUAAAUGAACGAUUUAAACAGCUUACUGGCAGCAGUAAUUUUACUCAGACGUAUCACCAAGAACAGAUCAGGCUGGGGAUUAUCGACGUUCUUGAAUCAUUUGUUGGGGUUACUCAAGGGGUUCAAGGCCCAGUCGCGGAAGUCGUAUUUGAACAUAUCACACCUGUUUUGAACGAGCUUCCAAAUCUCUUGUCAUUGUAUCACAACUAUCAAGACGUUGUUCAGCUAAUAUUAGAAUUAUUUUGUGAAUGCACUCGACGAAUGUUAUGCUACCUACCCCAGGGAGACAGUGUACGAAUCUAUGAGAUAUGCUUGCGUACUGUUCAAACAUAUGCGCGCUGCAAUACGAACCGAACAACUGUAGAGAAUACGGCUGAGGAAGACACUUUUCAAGAUAUUCUAUUACUUAUGCAACUCCUCACCAAUUUAUUGACUAAGGAAAUAAUCGAUUGCAGUCAUACAGAGCCUGCAGGUAAUCCGGAACAGAAUGCUUCACCUGUUGACGUAUUUUUAUUCGGAUUGAACAUCAUCAUGCCUUUGAUGACGAUGGAUUUACUCAAGUUUCCCUCUCUGUGCUUGGAGUACUUUAAAAUGAUCACGUUUGUCUGUGAAAUUCAUCCAGAAAAAGUGUUCGACCUCCCAGCUGAGUUGUUAAGUCAAUUACUAGCUUCCGUUGAACUGGGUCUUUUCUCAUUUGGUCAUGAGAUCACUAUAUUGUGCUGUGACAUAAUACAAGUACUAGCAAAGCAUAUUUACUCUGAGGGAAAAAAAGGCCGACCAAAAAACCAGCUGAUGGCGCCUUUUAUGAACUUGCUCAUGAAUCUUAUACUGUCUCACCAGAUAAAUUCUGACCUUAUUUCGAGUACGAGCAUACCACUGUACUACUUGAUCUGUUGUUAUCAAGAACAGUAUCAGCAGCUGGUACAAAGUUUUUUGGCUGCACAAACAGACCCACGGAUAGCAGAGAGGCUGACUGCAGCUUUUGUGCAAUUGACAGCUUCCAUACAACUGGAUACGGAACGACCUCAAAGACUGAAGUUUAGGGAUAACUUCGAUAAGUUUAUUGUGAAUGUACAAGGAUUCUUGAUGGUUAAGUAGAGUUUGGCGAAUAGGAAAUUGUUCAAUAAUACACGUAUACAUUGUAACGUAACCGUGGCUAGCUAAGCCCAGAUAUCAAUAUGGCUGCCGAAAGCCGUGAUUACAAUAAUUCGGUGCCUGCAAUGAUCCUCGAUCAGAGGUUAAUGAUUCGUAAAAGUUUUUUCGGGGGCCACAAUUAUUGCUACACCAUCUCCAAUUUUGUACAACUCAACACACAAAAUGAAACUACCAACAAAAAUGAUAGAAAUCCUCCUAGAAUUGGAAAUAUCGCCCAACACUCUCGUGGUUUCAUCACCUUUUUCUUUCGAAUACCAUCCCCAAUGAGUAUUUUGAAUCCUAGGGCAAAAUGUUUAGUGUCUAGACGUAUUUCCAUGAGGACAAAUCUUCAAUUCGUUAUUAGUUGCUGGUGUAGCGGUCCAUUGAUUGGCAUUUGACGAGAAAUCAAAGAAUCGCGAAUGCUACCUUACUAAAAUACUCCUGAGGCUAUUGUUCACUCUGCAAUUCCCUUAUAUUA